AUGGAUGUUGAAGAUCUGGAGGGCAUAGAAAAUGUCCAUAUCGACGAGUUUGACCAGUACUUGGGUGGGGACGACAUGGAUAUUGACAUACCAGAGGAGGAGUUCCUCUCAAACACGGAACAAGACCAUUUUGGCAUGUUCAAAUUGGCGCUGGACAAACUCCAUCUUGAAGACUGUAAUGUCUGCCUGGAACGAGGCUUCAACAUGAAACUGCACGAAGGACGUGUCAGCGAUGUCAUGCGGACCGUCCUAACUCUGUACGGAAGUUCUGCGCAGAGAACCUUGUGCAUCCAGCUGCUGCUCGUCUAA